CUGCCAUAUGCCUGUGCUUUGUAUUGAUCGGCAGAUAUGCCCUCCCUCACGGAUUCUCUUGAUCGUAUAAACAAAGCCACGAACGCAAUCCACGAUGUGGUUUCAGGAACCAGCAGACCAAGCCGUAGCGCGGGUUGGUUCGCGCGGGCCGUACUGGAGACGCCGACCAACCUUCCCGAUCUGAUACGGGACAUAGACGACUCGGAGCUGGGGCUGUUUACGUUGAUCCCACCGGAUCCAGUGGCAGGAAGCAACGGGACUCGUCCAGAGAUAACGCGGAUGGCCCACCAUGCCGCCACGCCGUUGAGGAAACAGAAAUCAACUGUGCAGGCGAAGGCUCCAAAUCCGGAAAUCUUCGUAGAGGCUGCUCAACGACAGUUGGACAGAUACGACUCCAUACACCCAAUGCCUCAAGCAAAAGCUGCAGUGGAGUCCCUCAUGGAACGCGUUCAUUCUGUCAGGGAUCAGAUACGGCGACUAUCUAUGGAGCUUGAGCGGUCCGGAGAUCGAACGACCGACUCAGAUACGGACGAAGAUCACCGGGCAUCUGACCAAUCCCAAUACAGACGGGAGCAACAUCGUGUCGAGGAACUUCAGGGGAAGAUCGCCGAGGCCCGGGCCCGUAAAGAAGCUUUCCUGGAUAAACGUGCCACCUCGGCAGGCUCAAAGCCCAAACACCCUACGCCUCCUGUACAGGCGCCCAAUAGUAAAGAAGCAGAGUUCUGGAACAGCCCGGGUAUCGGCGAACGGACAAGGCAGUUCACCGGUGGUCUUUUGAUGGACGAAAGCGUCGACAUGAAUGCGGAUGACUUGACAAUGUCGGCCCUUGCGAGCCCCACACCUAUGAAACCUCCAGCUCGCAGCUUCGGGAGUCGAAGUCAUGCCGCCACGCCUACGCGUUCGGCGGCGAAUCCUACCAACAAGAACAGCGGUAUGGGAAUAGGUGCUGACCCGUCAACUCCGAUGGAAGCCGUAACGCUGGAAACUGGCGAGCCAGAGGGAGACCUUGGCGAUGUCCCGGAAGACGACAAAACGGUGGUCCUGCCCAAGCCUCCGGCGGCAGCAAGUCUCAAUUCACCUACCUCUCCGAGCGCUCCGGACGAUCCUGGACAUACUAGGGAACCCACUGCGCCUCCUACACCAACACCUCUUUCAAAAACCUUGAUCGAACGAGGUAUCAAGGUGACGCCAGGAAUAGAACGCAUCGUGGAGAAGAUAUGGUCCACUGUCGGAGAAAUCAUAUCGCCCGGCCAGCAGUACGAUGGGAGCGGUGCUGCCGCUGCGAAACCGCAGGCUAAGGACACGAUACGCCACCUCGAAAUCGUUUCGACACAAAUGCCCGCUCCGGGGUCGCCCGGCCCGUCAACUGCGUCCUCAUUCUCUGGCGUCGAGGCCGCUGAAGGCGGCGCGCCGACGUCUCAGCAAGUGUUGUUGGCACACCUGCUCUUGGCGCUGCUCAACUCGCCCACGCACUCAAUGCCCUUGAACUCGAUCAAGGAGCUGAUGGCCGACAAGGCGACUGGCAUCGGCAGCGAUGAUGGACUUGGCCUCGGGAUCGGCGGAGGAGCGAUGAAGGCGUAUUAUACGUGCGUUGCGAAGAGGUUGCUGAAGGUGGACCGGUCCAGCCGCGAGCAGGUGGUGAAAUUCAACGCCCUAUGACAGUUGGGAGGGACAAUCCAAGGACAGGGAUUACUAAUCUAUGCCUAUCCUUAUACAUGCGUAUUUCAUGACUCAACCGCGUCGUGGAAGGCGGUGGUCGCGCUGAUUGUGCAGUGACGGUGAAGGGCCAGCCUUGUUCGACAUUCUCGCUGUUGCAUCCAAUGAAGAACGACUCUGGAAGUGUUU